AUGUUCGAUUUACUAGUGAGGCUCGUAGAGUACACUAAAGACGAGACCGAGUUCUCCAUCGACGACGCGAUCGAUCAUCUGUCAUCUGAUCACAACAUCAUACAUGUCGAUGAAGAUAAGCAAGAACAACGCAAUCAGGCAAGACACCUCAUAUUCGCUGCUUUGGGUUGGACAAGCGGAUUGUACCGUGCCACAGCGCCGAACCAGUCUUCGCAAGAGGAAUUGAGGAUACGCAGCAAUGCAUUAGCCACCAGCGUGUCGAGCCUACCCCUCGAAAGUUGCGAGAGGCCUUUUUCAGAGUUGCUGGAAUUAUUGACUGGUCCCUUCCUACUGGGGAGACUGUCGGAUACAUAUGACAGUAGUACGGACAAUGACGAUGCCGCUCAAAGGACAAAACUGGAAGAUGCUCUAGCCGCCGAGGAGUUCGUCGUCGAACACGUCAACGCCGCAACCCUCCACCGACUCGGCGGCCUGAAGAUCGUAUGGGUCGAUGACAUGAUCUCGCACCUAUCAUUCGAUCGACUUUCUAAGGAACUACAGCUGUAUCGAACGCCUUCACUGUGCAAAGUACAGCUAGGGCCGAACUCUCUUGUAGCCAAGCUCUCAGAAGGCGUGUAUAGCGGCGCUAAUAGGGCUGGCUCCAUCACCCACAAGAAACUGUUCGAUGAGAUUCUGCUCUCCUAUCGACUCAUAUUCGCCGAGGAUCGCCACAGCCGUAAGGUCUACCACAAACGCGAACAACGAAUGAGCUAUCGUUGGGGAACGAACGAUAGCACACUAAACGAGCUAUGCGAAUCAGUCCGCGCCGAUCAAGAGAGCUCCGCUGAUGCGAAAACGCCACUAGCUAGUCUCUUCAGCCGGGAACGAUGGCUCACCAGAGCGACGCCAACCACGUUUUCCUUCAACAAACGGCGUAUGUUUCCUAUCCUUCGCCCCCGGCUAGAACAGAUUCAGGAGUACAUGCUACGUCGCCAGCCCAACCAAAUGUGGACACUUUGGAUCGAUCGCAGAGAUAAGCCAAAGUGGUUGACAUUCUGGGGCGUCUUGAUCUUCGGUACCCUGGGUGUCACCAUGAGCUUCAUUCAAAUGUUGUUUGCGGGACUUCAGGUGCAGAUUGGGUACAAGUCUCUGGAAUGUGGAUGCAAAUCAUGA